UUUUGGCUGCGUCCAAACCCUAACCUCUGAGCUCGUCUCUCUGCGGACGCCGACGGCGCGAUGCCGCCCAAGUUAGAUCCGUCGCAGGUAGUGGACGUCUUCGUCCGUGUCACUGGCGGCGAAGUGGGUGCCGCCAGCUCCCUGGCGCCGAAGAUAGGCCCGUUGGGUCUCUCCCCGAAGAAGAUCGGAGAGGACAUCGCCAAGGAGACCGCCAAGGACUGGAAGGGCCUCCGCGUCACGGUCAAGCUCACCGUGCAGAACCGUCAGGCCAAGGUUACCGUGGUCCCCUCCGCUGCCGCCCUCGUCAUCAAGGCCCUGAAGGAGCCCGAGCGCGACCGCAAGAAGACCAAGAACAUCAAACACAACGGCAACAUCUCCCUCGACGACGUCACCGAGAUUGCAAGGGUCAUGCGGCCCAGGUCCAUGGCCAAGGACCUCUCCGGCACCGUCAAGGAGAUCCUAGGAACCUGCGUCUCCGUCGGAUGCACUGUCGACGGGAAGGACCCCAAGGACCUUCAGCAGGAGAUCAGCGAUGGGGAGGCCGAGGUGCCGCUCGAGUGAGCAAGGCCAUCACUGCCGUUAAUUACACUAGUCCAGGUUUUCUAUGUGUCAAAACUCUUCCCUCUGUUGAUCUUUUUAGCAUUUCUCGUUCUGAAGAUUGUGUUUGAAUUCGAUACAACGGCGUUAUGAAUCAUUUAUCUGCUUGUUCCUA